CCUGCACUGUAACUCAAUUUGUUUAAUUGUCUCCUGUCAUCGACAUCAUUGACAGCCCUCGCUGUUGUAACAAGGGUUUCACUCCUGAAUCGGCAUAGUCACGGACCACAGCAUCUGGCUAGUGUGAGAAGCACCAACAGCAGGACCAUCUCAGAUUUUCAUUAUGGCAAUGUAUGCAAGAAGCUGUUGAAUUAGACCCAGUUCCUAUCGAUGAGAAACCUUGCAAGCAGUGGUAUUUAUGAGCCUCCAUUUCUUAUACUACUGCAGUGAACCAACCUUGGAUGUGAAACUUGCCUUUUGUCAGGGAUUUGAUAAACAAGUGGAUGUGUCAUAUAUUGCCAAAUAUUACAACAUGAGCAAAAGCAAAGUGGACAACCAGUUCUACAGUGUGGAAGUGGGAGACUCAACCUUCACAGUUCUCAAGCGCUACCAGAACCUAAAGCCUAUUGGCUCUGGGGCUCAGGGAAUAGUUUGUGCUGCCUAUGAUGCUGUCCUUGACAGAAACGUGGCCAUUAAGAAGCUCAGCAGACCCUUUCAGAACCAAACGCAUGCCAAGAGAGCUUACCGGGAGCUGGUCCUCAUGAAGUGUGUGAACCAUAAAAACAUUAUUAGUUUAUUAAAUGUCUUCACACCCCAGAAAACGCUGGAGGAAUUCCAAGAUGUCUACCUGGUCAUGGAACUGAUGGACGCCAACUUGUGUCAGGUGAUUCAGAUGGAAUUAGACCAUGAGCGAAUGUCUUACCUGCUCUAUCAGAUGUUGUGUGGCAUUAAGCACCUCCACUCUGCUGGAAUUAUCCACAGGGAUUUAAAACCCAGUAACAUUGUAGUUAAGUCCGAUUGCACGUUGAAAAUCCUCGACUUUGGACUGGCCAGGACGGCAUGCUCCAGCUUCAUGAUGACUCCGUAUGUGGUGACACGUUAUUACAGAGCCCCAGAGGUCAUCCUGGGAAUGGGCUACAAGGAGAAUGUUGACAUGUGGUCAGUAGGGUGCAUCAUGGGAGAAAUGAUAAAAGGUGCAGUGCUGUUUCCUGGCACUGAUCAUAUUGACCAGUGGAACAAAGUCAUUGAGCAACUAGGAACGCCAUGUCCAGAAUUCAUGAAGAAAUUGCAACCUACAGUAAGAAACUAUGUGGAGAACCGGCCCAAGUAUGCGGGACUCACCUUCCCCAAGCUCUUUCCAGAUUCCCUCUUCCCAGCAGACUCCGAGCACAAUAAGCUCAAAGCCAGCCAAGCCAGGGACUUAUUGUCAAAGAUGCUAGUGAUUGACCCAGCAAAGAGGAUAUCAGUGGAUGACGCCUUACAGCAUCCUUACAUCAACGUCUGGUAUGACCCCGCCGAAGUGGAAGCGCCUCCACCUCAGAUAUACGACAAGCAGCUGGAUGAAAGAGAACACACCAUUGACGAGUGGAAAGAACUUAUCUACAAGGAAGUAAUGAAUUCAGAAGAAAAGACUAAGAAUGGCGUAGUGAAAGGACAGCCUUCUCCUUCAGGUGCAGCAGUGAACAGCAGCGAGAGUCUCCAUCCAUCCUCGUCUGUCAACGACAUCUCCUCCAUGUCCACCGACCAGACCCUGGCGUCGGACACUGACAGCAGCCUGGAAGCCUCGGCAGGACCCCUGGGUUGUUGCAGGUGACUAGCCGCCUGCCUGCGAAACCCAGCGUUCUUCAGGAGAUGAUGUGAUGGAACACACACACACACACACACGUACACAUGUACACACACAGACACGCAACUUCAGAA